AUGUCGCUCAAAGUACCGCGCGCCGGCGGGCCGAACCUCUUCAAGGAGGGCUACAAGCACUUCCAGGGUAUCGAGGAGGCCGUCCUUCGAAACAUUCAGGCUGUCAAUGAACUCUCCGAGAUCGUGCGAACCUCGUUCGGCCCCAACGGGCGCAACAAGAUGGUCAUCAACCACCUCGAGAGGCUGUUCGUCACAUCCGAUGCAGCCACCAUCAUCCGCGAGCUCGAUGUCGUUCACCCUGCUGCCAAGCUGCUUGUCAUGGCAAGCCAGCAGCAGGAGGCAGAGAUGGGCGACUCCACCAACCUCGUCCUCAUCUUUGCAGGAGAGCUCUUGAAGAAGGCCGAAUACCUCAUCACCAUGGGUCUGCAUCCUUCCGAAAUUCUUCAGGGCUACGAGAUUGCACGCGAGAAGUGUCUCGCCGAGCUCGAGCAGCUCUCGGUCGCGCAGCUCUCCAACCCUCCCACUACGCAGAGUCUCGCGCUUGCCCUCAAGCCAUGCCUCGCGUCGAAACAGUACGGCAACGAAGACCUCCUUGCACCCCUCGUCGCAGAAGCAGUCUCGAUGGUGCUGCCACAGAACUCAAAGAAUGGCCUGGCCGAUUUCAGCGUUGACAAUGUCCGUGUGGUCAAGAUCAUGGGUGGCAGUCUGUCGCAGUCCAAGGUGGUGCGCGGGAUGGUGUUCGGUCGUGAACCAGAGGGAGUCAUCAAAAAGGCGAAAGCGGCAAAGGUCGGUGUCUACACGUGCGGCAUGGACAUCACCCAGACCGAAACCAAGGGCACCGUCCUUCUCAAGAACGCAGACGAGCUCUCGAGCUUCUCGAGAGGCGAGGAGCAGCAGCUGGAGAAGUACUUCAAGGAGAUCGCCGAUUCGGGCGUCAAGGUGGUCGUGACGCAGUCGCAGGUGGGUGAGCUCGCACAGCACUAUCUCAACCGAUUCGGCAUUCUGGUGAUCAAGAUUCUGUCCAAGUUCGAGCUCCGUCGUCUCUGCCGCUUGCUCGGUGCGACGCCGCUUGCGAGGUUGGGUGCGCCACUGCCGGAAGAGGCGGGAUGGAUCGACUCGAUCGAGACGACAGAGAUCGGCGGCGACCGCGUGACCGUGUUCAAGCAGGAGGAGGGUCAGCCCGGUGGAAAGGCCAAGCCCAAGAUGUGCACCAUCGUUCUGCGCGGAGCCACGUCCAACCUGCUCGACGAUGUGGAGCGUGCGAUCGAUGACGGCGUCAACGUGAUCAAGUCGCUCACGCGCGAUCCACGCCUCGUCCCCGGUGCAGGCGCUACCGAGCUCGAGCUCGCCAAGCGCAUCGCCGAUCUGGGCGAGAAGACGCCCGGCCUCAACCAGCACUCGAUCAAGAAGUUUGGCGAGGCGCUCGAGGUGAUCCCGCGCACCUUGGCCGAGAACGCCGGUCUGGACGCGACAGAGACCGUCUCGCGCCUCUACGCCAAGCACGUCGAUGCAGCAGGCGCCGACGUUGGCGUCGACAUCGAGAACGAGACCGACGGCACCAUGUCGACCACGCAGAACCAGGUGUUCGAUGUGCUGGCCGCCAAGUCGUGGGCACUGAGGUACGCCACCGGCGCCGCCAUCAGCGUGCUCUCAGUCGACUCGAUCAUCAUGUCCAAGCCUGCGGGCAUCAAGGCGCCCAAGGCGAAUCCCAACUGGGACGACGACUAG